AUGACCGAUCAACCCUCAGAAAGGCCUAUAAUCAGUUACUGUAUCGAACAUGCCAAAACACAACAAUCUAAGUGUAAUGCUUGUAACAAAGUCAUUCCUCAUAAAUCACUUCGAGUAGCCGAGAUCUACAGGCGAAGUAAAAAAGUAAAAAAAGACGACGCUAAACACACUUGGUUCCACUUCAAGUGCUUUAAAGUACCCGAGUUGUUAAAAAGAGUGCCAAUCGAACAAUUUAGAGGAUACCCAGCCUUGAAUGAGAAAGAUAAAGUGAGAGUUCAACGGUUGAUAACUGAGGGCAGUGUUGGAAGUACUUGGACAGACUUGAUGAAUAAGUCCAAACCUGAGAAAACAGAACAGGAGUUAGAAGUAGAAAAGAAGAAACAGGAAAAUAAAGAAAAGAAGGAAAAGGAAGCAAAAGAUACAGAAGAUAUGGAUAUGACAGAGAGCUUGACCGGGAUGCAAGUUAAGAAAGAGGAAAUGAAGAAGAAUAAAGAUAAAAAGUCGUUAUCUGCAAAGGAUAAAAAAUCGAAGAAAGUGACAAAGCCAGAGAAACCAAAGAAAGAAGUUGUUUUGCCAAAGGAAGAUUUGCAAGAAUUAGCAAAGUUUGCCAAAGAGUUUAAAGCAUUACAAUAG